AUGUCAAUCAGUCACCUCCGCCGAGUGCGAUCUUACGAGGAUGAUCCUUACUCGCUGCCGGCCGCCUACCGUCUUUAUCGGCAACCGCUCUGGGCGAUGGACCUAACGAAUGCCCAGAUGCAGAUGGCAUUCUUUCCAUCCCUACAGCCCUUCAUCGACCGUGGCCUCCUCCUUGCUACACUGCAACAAGAGUCCUUACUCGAGUCGAUCGAGGUUCUUGGGCCACACCGCUGGGCGGCCCAGCUUUCCGCAGGUAUCCUGACGCUCACCUCCACUGCGCCUGUGUCCCUGCACCACCGGGCUCCGUCCAUUGUCUGCAGGAUGCAGCUCCUGGCGUCACUGUCACCUGCAGCCCAGUCUCUGCUGUGGGGCUGGGCACACCCACAGGGCAAACCCGACGGAGUCCUGCGCCAAUUGCGCGAGACGGGCGAACGCGACCGCAUCCCGGACCUGCUGGGCAAGGAGCUCCGCUUCCCUCCCGGUUUUGACGACCACGACGACGCCGCCGUCGCAGCGCUCACGCACGAGAUUGGGACUGCCGCAGCAGGCAUCCUGGGACUGGGACCAUACUACUCGGCGUCGACGGGUGCGGGCGGUUCGCGAAUCCUGUUCUUGAUCGAGGCUACCGAGCCACCCCUCCAGCCCGUGACAUUACGCAAAGCCGUGGCCAAGCUGCCGCGCCUAGCGGCCGAUCUAGACCUGCACGAUCCCCGUAAAGCAGUGACAUUCUUGGCUGAAAGUCAAGGAUGGGCAAUCGCGCCGACCUCGACAGGCCUGCGGAUCGCGGACGCUGCCACAACGGCGGAAAUCCACUUUGACGCACUGGGCCGCAUCAGCAACGUUCAGAGCACCAUGUAG